CUCCGGCUGCGCGCCCUGCUGCGCCCCGUCCUGCGCGCCGGCGCCUCCUCGCCGCGCCCCACACGAUUUCCUACUUCAGCCCAAUUUACUACAGUGAAAUACCGAACUCAAUACCAUUACACCUUAGAUAAUAAUGUUCUAAGCCCAGAGCAAAGGGAUUUCUAUGAGGAGAACGGCUAUCUCGUCAUAAAAAAUCUGGUCUCGGAUGAGGAUGUUGAACAUUUCAGAAAUGAGUUCAUGAAGAUCUGCAGACAGGAAGUGAUUGUCCCUGGUCUGACGGUCAUGAGAGAUGUUUCAGCUUCCAAGUUGGAGUUUGUUCUAGAUCAUAAAACAGUUUCCAAAAUACAGGAUUUCCAGCAACAUGAGAAGCUCUUCAGAUAUUGUAGAUUACCUCAGAUAUUGAAAUAUGUUGAAUGCUUCACGGGACCAAACAUCAUGGCUAUGCACGCCAUGUUGAUAAAUAAGCCUCCGGAUUCUGGAAAGAAGACCACUCGCCAACCGAUGCACCAGGAUUUGCACUACUUCUCAUUCCGGCCUGCAGAUCGCAUUGUUUGUGCCUGGACUGCCAUGGAGAAGAUUGAUCGCAGCAAUGGAUGCCUGGCAGUUUGGCCAGGAAGUCAUAAGGGGUCUCUGAAACAGCAUGAUUAUCCUGAGUGGGAGGGUGGUGUAAACAAGAUGUACCAUGGAGUGCGUGAUUAUGAUAAAACUAUUCCAAGGGUUCACCUUGCUGUGGAGAAAGGAGACACAGUGUUCUUCCAUCCCUUGCUAAUCCAUGGCUCUGGAAUGAACAGGACUGAAGGGUUUCGUAAGACAAUUUCUUGUCAUUACGCAAGUUCUGAGUGCCACUAUAUUGACAUGAAAGGUACAAUUCAAGAGAACAUGGAGAAAGAAGCAGUAGAUGUUGCAAGAGCCAAGCAUGGUACAGACUCACCUAUCACCUUGAUGGAUAUUUGGAUCAUGCGAAGUCGUCUUGUUAAAGGAGAGCGAAUAAAUCUAUAGAAUCUUAUCCAGAUGCCACAGACUUAGAAAAUGAUGUGCUGCCUUCC